UAGGCUUUUUUCUCUUUUUAAGGAAAAAAAAAACAUAAAUUAGAAAAGUGGGGAUGUAAGUGCAACACUUCUCUAUAAAUUGAAGAGGUUGUGAUUCUAAAGACAAAGCAAAAUUAGCCGAAGAUAGUACACUCCAUUAUGAAGAAUCUACUUGAACAUGGCAAUGUCAUGAAGGACUAUAAGCCUUGUAUUGCAAUGCUAUUUACACAGUUCAUAUAUGCAGGCAUGGCUUUGUUCUCCAAGGCGGCAAUUUCUAAGGGAAUGAACCCUUUGGUUUUUGUCGUUUACAGACAGGCUUUUGCCUCAGUUGCAUUGGCUCCACUUGCUGUCUUUCUUGAAAGGAAGAAGGCACCUCCUUUGUCAAAUAAAUUAACUUGCAAGAUUUUCUUUGUUUCCUUGUGUGGGCUUACCGUAAGUUUGAACCUCUACUAUAUUGCAAUCAACAGCACAACUGCGACAUUUGCUGCUGCAACCACUAACAUAAUUCCUGCAAUAACAUUUUUAAUGGCUGUAUUAUUCAGGAUGGAAACCAUUUCCAUAAAGCAUGUACAUGGAAUCGCCAAGGUAUUGGGUUCUGUUAUAGGCGUUUCUGGUGCUCUAGUAUUUGCAUUUGUCAAGGGCCCUCCUUUAAAAUUCCUGAGAUGGUAUCAGACUAAUCCUGAUCAUCAUAUUCAAGAGUCAGUAACAAAGGGCUGCUGCUCCAAGGAAUGGAUUAAAGGAUCACUCCUCAUGAUCUCAGCCAACAUACUUUGGUCUUUAUGGUUUGUUCUGCAGGGUCCCAUUGUGAAGCAGUAUCCAUCAAAACUGCGUCUUACUGCUCUGCAAUGUUUCUUUUGUUGCAUACAAUCUGCUUUCUGGGCCAUUGCUGUUGAGAGGAAUCCGUCAGCUUGGAGACUCGGUUGGGACGUUCAUCUUCUGGCUGUUGCCUAUUGCGGGCUAACUGUCACUGGCAUUUGUUACUGGGUUCAAGUUUGGACAAUAGAGAAGAAAGGCCCAGUUUUUGCUUCAAUGUUCACUCCUUUAGCACUCAUCAUCACUGCCAUUUUCUCUGCUUUCUUGUGGAAAGAAACCCUUCAUUGGGGAAGUGUUGGUGGGGCUAUUUUGCUGGUGGGUGGGCUUUAUGGUGUAUUAUGGGGCAAGAACAAAGAAGGAGGGAAAAGAAGUGUAACAAAUGAAGGAACUGCAGAAACAAAAGAAGAAAUCAUGACGUUGGAGUGCAUUACACAUCACUGAGUUGAUGGGAUGGAGUGAAUGGAAAUGUAACAAAUGGGCUUCCACACAAGAAAAGCUUUAAUAUGCCCACAAUUGAGAGUGCUGCGAUCACCAUGAAAGCCAACCAUCAUCACUUCCGUAUCUCUACCCUCCUUCAUUACCAGCAAACUUUGUAGCUUGUCUUCUUCCGUCAAUUUUCAAUUUUUCUUUUCUUCUUUAUUUUCUUCAUGUAUAUAUAUAUGUCCAUUUCAAGGCUAGCAAGACUUUUCUUUUCUUUUCUUUUA